AUGGAAACCGAGACAGACACAAGUUAUAACACAACUGCAUAUUUGCCACCGAUUCCAGUCUUAAUGCGUCAUCCUUAUAUGGUUACAUCUGUUAAGCAAUAUCGUUCUGAAUCUCAAAGUGAACAACUACAGACACACAUAGUAUCAGAGUCCUUUAUUCCAAUGGCCCCAAACCUUAUAAAACCACCAAGAAAAAGACGCCGACCCCCUUUUUCGUACUCGUCAUUAAUAGCACAAGCUAUCUUAGAGAGCCAGAAUGAACGUUUGACACUACGAGAUAUAUAUACAUGGAUCACAACGAGAUAUCCAGCCCUCUACAAUGCUGAGGAUACCGGUUGGCAGAACACAAUUCGACAUAAUUUAUCAUUAAAUCGUUGCUUCAAAAAAAUAUCGAAAGCAGAGAUGGAUGGUGUCAAAGGAAAAGGUGGCUAUUGGACUAUCGAUCCAGCACACAUGGAAAAAUUUAAAAAUGGCGCUUUCGCAAGAGGAUCCUCGAGCAUAUUACGCCGCAGACCUACAUCAACAAACACCCCUUCACCGCCUAGUCUACCCGAUACCCCUGUGUCUAAUGACCACGGUAAUCCUUGUCCUGUCAUGCAAAUUCACAAUUUACUCAAUUAA